AUGCCACGCCGAGUUUUUUGGGUGGGCUCGGUUUUUGCGCUAUGCAUCGGCGGUGCGAUCUCCCAAGCGAACGGAACCCAGGCUGUCCGCAAUGAGUCCUCUGCUUCAAUUUCCAUGACCGAAGCCAACGGUUUCGAUCCUCUCGGAGUCUGGUACGCGGGCGUCGAGGCGCUGUCGCAAAAGGAGCCCAGCACCACAGAUGUCAAGGCCGCCAAACACAAGAAUAUUGGCAUUGUUGGGGCCGGCAUGUCAGGCAUGAUGACAUACCUUGUUCUCCAUGAAGCGGGCUUUGAUAACUUGACUAUUCUCGAAGCUGCCGACCGCCUGGGUGGUCGUGUACAUACAAGCUACCUCACCGGAGGACCCUCGGACUACUCGUACCAGGAACUCGGAGCGAUGCGUUUGCCAGUCGACUAUAUCGACAACAGCGGGAAUAGCCACAAGAUUAGCGACACAAAACUUGUCUUAUUUCUCAUCGAUGAAAUGAACAAGCGCAACAAAGGAGAUGCCAAGCUCAAAGUCGACCUAAUCCCGUGGAUCGACUACAAUGAGAAUGGACUGCAGUACUUUCACGGCAUUCGGACAGCUAGCGGUCUUCCCCCAACAAUAAAGCAAAUCUCGAAGAACUCGUCGUUGACGGUACCUGUUAUUUUGGACGCAGAAACCAAGGCAAUAAGCAGGAAGCUGAACAAGAAUCUGCCCGACGACGCCUUCAUGAUCGCCAUGGCCAAGAACAUGUACCAAGCUCACAGAAAAUGGAACGAUAAUGGGCUCGGUGGCCAGCCGGGAGAUCGAUGGACCGAGUUCUCCUAUCUAUCCCAGUAUCUGAAGGGCAGUCUCAACAGCACAGACAUGCUGGACAGCCAAGGAGAUCCCCGAGGGAGCUUUUGGGAGUACGUGUACGACGUCAUGUAUGAGAGCGCUAAUGCAUACAAGACCAUCGACGGAGGAUUUAGCCGGUUACCGUUAUCUUUUGUGCCGCUGGUAGGCGACAACACUCAGAUGGGCAUCAAGGUGGAGCGAGCCAAAUACGCAGACGACAAGGUCACGCUCCAGUGGAAGCACAGCUUCAAGGACCGCGACUUUCAAAACUCGACCUUUGACUAUGCCGUCAUCUCUGCUCCCUUUACCGUGGUCCGCCAAUGGCGCCUCCCCGACAUUGACGUCACCAUGGCCAACGCCAUCGACAAUCUCAUCUACGACACGUCGUGCAAGGUGGCGCUUGAGUACUCGGAGCGCUUCUGGGAAAAGUACGCCACCCCCAUCUACGGCGGCUGCAGCACGCAGACGGACAUUCCCGGUAUUGCAUUCGUCUGCUACCCCUCGUACAACAUCAACGGGACGGGCCCGGCCAGCAUCCUGGCGUCAUACCUGGAAGGGUCCGUGAAUCACGAAAUGACGAGGAUGAUUACAAUGUCGGACGAGGAGCACGCGCAGUACGUGCUGGAUGCCAUGACGGAGAUUCACGGCGAGCACACGCGCGCGCUGUACACGGGCAAGUUUGUGAGGAAGUGCUGGGCUCUGGACCCUCUGGCCGCGGGCGCCUGGGCGAAUCCUUCGGCUGGGCAGCAUGAGCUGUACAUUCCCGAGUAUUUCAAGGUGCACAAGAAUAUGAUCUUUGUUGGUGAGCAUACCUCUUACACGCAUGGCUGGAUCGCGAGCGCCCUGGAUUCGGGCAUUCGCGGCGGCGUGCAACUGCUUCUGGAGUUGGGUCUUGUCGACGAGGCCAAGGCGGCGGUCAAAAAAUGGCUAGUGAGGUAG